AAAUAGGUCUCAUCAGUCGUUUGGCUGACAUCCUGCCGUUAGUAGUGAGGAUGAAUCAGCCGGGAUAGCCAUUGAGCGAAUCAGUUGAACGAAUACUUCAGAAGCGCGCGGUUUUGUCGGUGGGCGCAAAUUUUGAAUUUGUUGGUAACGGUUAGCAGCUGAUUGUAAGUUUAUUUACGAGUGGACCAUUGUCACGUGGUAAUUGUUGUGAAUUGAAAAGAUAUUUGUGAUCGCAGGCGUGUACCCGUAGUGCAGUAUUACUGAACCAAUCGACAGAUAAAUACUUAGAGAAGUGUCUGCAGAAGAAACGAACGGUUUGCGGCGGGAGAUAAUUAUUCAGGGGAAACGGAAAUUGUUUGUAUGUGAUUGGAUGGAUGGUGAUUCUUCUAUAAAUGCUAAACAAUCAGCCUAAGUGUCAGAAAUAGGGAGCAGUUCGACAAAAGAUAUUUGCGAAUCAGCAGGCAUACUGUCUGAAGCGGAAUGGAAGAUCGUAAGAUGUUUGAAGGAUAUUAAUAACCACAUGGCUGCAACAGAGCCACUCAGCGGCUUAAACUGUAAUAAGUAUGCGAAACAUAAUUGAUUACUUUGAAUGUUCGUGUGGUUGUGUGGCUCCUCGCAAGUAAUAGUUGUAUCGGAAGGUGAAGAAAAUUUGUAUGAUCCAUAAGAUUGAUUGCACAUCAACUUGACAAGGCAUUAAACAGCACAGCGUCGAAGGAUGGUCGUAGUGAAGAUUGAGGAUACUGUGUAAUCGCAACCGGUCGUUAUCAGGGUGUGAUGCAAAAGUGUUGAAAGUUUAAACCAUGCUACAUGACGCUCCUAUUGCCGUUGGCAUCAUAAGUAAUGGGAAAAGAUUUGGAGUAAAUUGGAUGUAAAAAUCUGCAUAGCACGAUAUCCCUAUCUGUAGCCGUACGGUGAUAUAUGAGAAUGGUUACUACAAAAACCAACUUCAACCCUGAAGUGCGUGAUGUUCUAAUGUACCUCUAGUUAACAUGAUCGAGCAGCCACCAGUUUCCACAGUAUUCCAUGUGAUUUCUGCACUAGUAGCAUUGCAAAGUUUGUGGAGAAACGCAACAUGUUAAACGAUGCAUAUACGACACCAUAUGGCUACAGCAGUGUCAACAACGUUAGUGAUAAAUAUGAAAUCUCGAACUAUUCAUCAUUCCAUUUCGACGAUGUCUCACUCUACAGCACGCCCUCCGCCGCGUAUGAAAAUAAUGUCACAAAUACGACAUUGGAGAUCACCUUCAUACUUCCGGUGUGGCGGCAAGUGCUGUGGACUUUGCUGUUCGUCUGUAUGGUUAUCGUCGCCACAGUGGGGAACUUGGUCGUUAUCUGGAUUGUGCUGGCCAACAAAAGAAUGCGAACUGUGACUAACUACUUUCUUGUGAAUCUAUCGAUAGCUGAUGCGAUGGUUUCGACACUGAACGUCACAUUCAAUUACACCUACAUGCUGAAUCUUGACUGGCCGUUCGGCACACUCUAUUGUAAAAUAUCACAGUUUGUGGCAAUACUCAGCAUCUGUGCGUCCGUUUUUACACUGAUGGCCAUUUCCAUCGACAGGUACAUGGCCAUAAUGAAUCCCUUGAGGCCUAGAAUGGGAAAACGAGCAACUCUUUGCAUUGCAGCUGCCAUCUGGAUAGUAGGAAUCAUCAUCUCCAGCCCCAUGUUGUUAUUUUUUACAACCUUCGAGCUGCAGGACCGAGUAGUUUGCUACUCGGAAUGGCCAGAUGGGCCCUCGAACCACUCUAUGCAGGAAUACGUAUAUAACGUAAUUUUCAUGUUUUUGACAUAUUUCCUCCCGAUCGGAUCCAUGUCCUUUACGUACGCUCGAGUGGGGCUGGAGUUGUGGGGUUCGAAAAGCAUCGGCGAGUGUACGCAAAGACAACUGGAGAACAUUAAAAGCAAACGAAGGGUGGUCAAAAUGAUGAUGGUCGUGGUCGUUAUAUUUGCGGUUUGCUGGCUGCCGUUCCAGAUCUACUUCAUCGCUACGUCCUACUAUCCGGAGUUAACCGAUAAGCCCUACAUUCAGGAGGUGUACCUGGGCAUCUACUGGCUGGCGAUGAGUAAUUCGAUGUACAAUCCUAUUAUCUACUGCUGGAUGAACUCAAGGUUUCGGCGAGGAUUUCAGCAAUUUUUUAGGUGGUGUCCUUUCAUUAGGAUUAGUCCAGACGUGCUAACAAGGCGUGGCGCCGUGAAUUCACGGUAUUCCUGUUCGGGCUCGCCGGACCACCAUCGAAUCGUGCGUAAUGAUACGGAAAGGUCGAUUCUGUACACCUGCCCAGGUUCGCCUAAGACACAACGAAGAUCUCAAGGAUCCGUUCACAUUCCAAUGCACUUGUCUACGUGUCAACAUCAUCCAGCAACUAGUUCAACUUCCUUUUCACAAAAACUUCCGCCAAGAAAUGAAAGCUUUCCGACCAGAUCAAACACGGUGACAUCCAGCAAUGGACAUCGCAUUCUUCACCACUCCUACCACCACCACCACCAUCAGCACCAGCUUCAGUCGCCAAAGAGGUCGAGCAAGAGCAACAGUAACAACAGCAGCAAUAGUCCGAGUCCCGCUCUCAUAUCAAGCAAUCUCAAUAGCUUUAAAAACAAUAGUGCCCUCGGCACAUUCAAUAAUGAUGACAUUUCCAACAGUGCUGAUAACCAAUUGCUGUCCUGACUUGGCACGUCGCCACGCUGAAGGAAACUCGCACCAGAUUAUACGUAAUUCAACAAACCUCACCCCUCCACAGUACGGAACAAAUCAUUUGCAACUGCUCUUCUCUGUGUGACCUGGCCAUUAAGUUUUUUUCUAUUUGGCUGUGUUCGAGAUUGAAAGAACCCUUGAGUAUUUUUUUUUUUUUUUUGCACAAUCCAGACCGCCAUACCAUACCAAUUCAAAUUCUUUGUCACUGUUCGCUAGAUUACAUACCUACUAAAACUAGAGGAGAAGU